AUGCGCCCCGGACGGUGGUAUACGUAUUACCGUACACCUCUCCGUACGGCUCCCAUAAACCGGCUCACAACUGGCCGAGACAUUCGCCUCUCGACCGCGACCAUGAGAGCACUCGGCUCGCGACGCCCACAGCUGCUACCAGCCGCUACCAGCCUCCACCUUCCUCCGUCGUUCCUCUUUCUCGCGUUUCUGUUGCUCGCCUUCGUCGCCCGCGGUGGCGAGCCGUUGCCGAGCGCGAACCGCGACGAGGGUUCGAAGCUCGUCGGGAACGGGAACGGUGACUUGACGGUGGCCCGCUCGAAUUCGUCCGAUUCCGGCCAACGACUACGGGACGACUACUACGACACCCCGACGGGUCGAGGUGAAAAAACCUUGGGACGCGAGGAGCCGUGGACGCUCGUAGGUGAGGAGCGGAGGAGAAAUGUCGGCGACGCGUCCAACGAUCGGAAGAGGAAGGAGGUGCAGGAGGUGCCGGCGAGGAGGCGAGGGGACGAGGAGGCCGAGGGCGCGGUGAAGAAGAGGAGGAGGAACGACGUUGGCAAAUCGGCGGAGGAGGUGAAGGAGGAGGCGACGAGCGAGGGGAUCAGGAGGUUCGACGGCGUCGGGCCUCGUCAGGCGAUUAUCCCCGAUUAUUUUCGAAAAUCGGGCAAGUUGGAGAAGGAGGAGGAGGAGGAGGAGGAGGAGGAAGAGGAGGAGGCCCCUUGCAACGAAAGUUCGGAGGAGGGAAGGGGGUACAGAUCGUUGGCCGAGCAACGUAUCGGCGGAUCCAAGACUCGUAAGAGCUCCACCGUUUACCUGAACGCGGAGGAGAAGAGGAUAUCGGACGGGGAGCAACAGUCGAUCGUCGACGGACAGAUAAAGAGAUUGAUAUCGAUCCGGGACGACGCGUUGGACGCGAGGACCAAGGCGGGCGAGAUGGACGAGGCGAAAGUGUUGAAUUUCAAACGGGAGGUCGGGACGGGGCGAGAGAUUCAGCGGGGAGGCAAGGGUGACGACGGGCAAAAGUCGGGGAAAGCUCGAGAUCUCGGGGAUCGGCAGGGAGGAGGUGGGAUCAGGCUUCUCACCCCGGACACGUUGGUGUACAACAUCUUGCAGGACGCUUUGGAGACGUAUCAGAGCGAGGAGCCACGGAUCUCAUACAUCGAUAUCAACAACGACACGUUGAAAGAGUUGGUGACCACCGACCAAUUGUACAUACUCAGGAUGGCCGAGAAAUUUUUGCCUCAAACCCUGCGCCUCGACUACUCCGAGAAGAUGUUCUCCUGCGUGAGAAGAUUCGAGUAUCGCAGCUGCGUCAAGUACAUCGCCUGGCCUAUGAUCAAGCAAUACUUCCCCGCCCUGCCCCCCUUCCCCGACUCCCACGCCUGGUACCCGAUAAUCGACGUGUAUCCCGUCUUCCCCCCUCUGCCCGCUUAUCUCGAAGGUAUCCCCCCGGAUCUGGAGUUGCCGGAAGUGGUGGACGCGGACGAGUCGAAAACGGGGAAGAAAAACGGGCAACCCGAGGCAACCAUCAUCCAGAUCCUGCACAACGUUCUCAAGGAUCGCCGGGCUGACCCCUACCCCACCCCCGCCCCCUCCUUCCUCGAUCGAUCGGCCGACAUCUACGUCGCUUUUCUGCUCGACGAUCGAUCGGUAACCAUCAACUUGACCGACCGAGCGAUCCCGACCUCGUACAGGACCCGACUCGUCCAGAACACGGUCAGGUGCGCGAAGGAGUACGAUUACCUGGCCUGCUUCAAAUACUCCGUCUGGCCCAUGAUCAAACGCGUCUCCCCCUCGCUCCCCGACACCCUCUUCACCCUGCCGCCGUCGUCGCAAGAUUUUCAGAAUCCAAUCGCGAGCCUCCAAUUUCCAAGAUUCGUCGUCUAUCUGCCCACCGCCAUCCGGAAAGGCGACUCGAUCUCGCUCCCUCCUUACCUCCUCCCGUUCGAGGAGGGGGGGCAAAGAGGGGAGGCGCGGUUGAGCUCCUCGGACGAGUUGGAGACGAAGAUGUUGGACGCUCUGGCGAAGGUGCGGGACUCGGUUGACGCGGCGAGGGAGAUGUCGACGUUCAUCUUGACGGGGAACGCCGUGACGUACACGAUCUCGUUUACCAAGAGGCAGAUGGAAAUUUUACGCUUGGCCGAGUAUCUGGUCCCCCCCUCGGCGCGCCCGAUCCUCGUCGUCGACGUUCUGUCCUAUCUUCGUAGCAACGGCGACUUCGUCGACUGUGCCAGGUACGUGAUCUGGCCGACGAUCGCCAAAUACGUGGCCGAUCUACCCGACUUCCCCCGAGUGGCGGAGGAAGGGAAGGGGGCGACGACUACGACGACGAGGAACGUGCAGAGAUCGGCCGCAGAGGGGGCUAAUUCCGAGGAAGGAAGGGUCGCCUCGGGGGGGAAGGAGAAGAAGGCGAGCGUGUUUUUCCAGAAAGAGUCGCGGAACGGGAUCCCGAGUGGCGUGCCUGUGAUCAGCGUGUCCGGGACGAGGUUCGUGCCAAUAUUCACCGAGCUUCCCGAGACCGUAAUUCUCAACAUACUUCGUACGAUCCAGUUUCAAUCCCUGAACCCGAACGUGCCGAUUUCGUCCCAAUCUUCCUCUUCCCAUCCCUCCGCGAUAAAGAAUUCCCAAUUCCUCGAGUUGCUCACGGAACAACAGGCGAGCAUCGUGAACGUCGUCAACGUAUUGCUCCCCCCCGGUAUGAGGCCCGAGUUCGUCAACAAGAUGAUCGAUUGCCUGAUCGAUCGGGGGAACAACUUCCUCGUGUGCACGAGGGACGUGGCGUGGCCGAUGCUGUUGCAAUAUUUCCCAUGGCUGCCCAACUUCCCCAAUUUCGGUAUCGUCGCGUCGAGCACCUCCACCACCGCCAAUUCCACCACCACAACCACCGCCACGGUCGACAAUCAGAAGGGCACCCUGACCGAGGUCAACUCCGCCCCCCCUCUGUCCGAGACGAACGUGAAGACGAGGCAGCACGGGGACACGACGGUGACGAUAACCGACACGAGAUUCGUCCCGAUACUCAACGACCUACCCGAGACGAUCAUCCUCAACAUAUUGAAAGCCGUCCAACUCUCCGUCCCAAACUUGCCCGCCCCACUUUCCGACUCGGUCACCGCGAAGGAGUAUCCCCCUCACCUGACCGAGCAUCAGAUCAGCAUCAUGAGCGUAGCCAGGAACUUGUUGCCGAUACGAGCGAGGGCCGAGUUCGAUCGGGAAAUUCUACCUUGCCUCGGGGAGAGGAGCUUCUUGGAAUGCACCAGGGACGUGACCUGGCCGAUGAUCGCCCAAACUUAUCCCUGGCUCCCCGAUUUCCCCAAUUUCACCGCCCUCCGCCAGACCUCGCCCCAGACGCCCGGCUCCAUCCGAUUCCAAUUUUUGCUCGACUCCGCCGAACAAUCGUCACCGCACGCGCCCGGGCUCGAAAGGAAGCCGGGUGAGCGGACGAGCGACUCGAGGGAACGGGAGGGUGGGAAGGAGGUGGAGGAGAGGAUGGAGGACGUUCUGUUGAACAUUCUCGGGAGAAGCGAGGACGGAUCGGUGGAUCGUUCACAGUUGAACGCGACCGAUCCUCCGGCGCUGAGCGAGAGGCAAGUGGUCAUCGUGAGACGGAUCGAGGAAGGGAUACCAGAGGCGGAAAGAUCGUCGUACGUGACGAGAAUGCUGGAUUGCUCGGCUCGUUACAGUUUCGCCACCUGCGUGAGCAACAUCGGUUGGCCAAUUUUGAAGCGAUACAAUUCCUCGUUGCCAGACCUUUCCACCGUAACCGGCCUCUUCUCCCCUUUGGUUGCGCCGGAUCUGAACGCCGGUAUCCCGUUACCUCCAAUCCCUCAACCUUCCUCCGACCCUUCUCGAUCCUCCCUGCCUUCAGGAAUUUCGCAGAUCGACGUCGCCAAGUCCUCCACCGAAGCUUCUUCUUCUUCUUCUUCUUCUUCUUCGGCUUCUUCUCGAACGGCUUUGAGCGAGGCGGAAGGGCAGAGUCAUCCGGGGGACGGAGGUCAGGAGGAGGAGACGAAGAAACGAGAGGCAACGAAUACGCCGUCAGUAGACAACGGAGGAAUCAUCCCCGAGUACGCAGGCCAACCGACAGGCAUCCCCAUAGAUAUCUCGAGCGAGAAGGUCCACGUGUCGGCCAUCGGUAUCGUUCAGCGAGGGGAGAAAUCGGAGGGGAGGGGAGGGCGUAGGGAGCGUAGAAGCACCAUGGAGUCGCGCGAUUCUUAUUACGAUACCGAUUACGAAACGGCGGGCAGAUUUUCGUCGACCCCGAUGUUCCCAAAUAUCACGGAAUCCGAGUAUCUUCGAUUGUUGAUCAGAGUUAAGGAGAAAACGAAACCCUCCUCGAGAUCGAAACAGUAUCUCGUCGACAAUUUGAAUUCCACGAUCAGAGAUUCUUUGACGGCGGAUCAAUACGAAAUUUUGAAGAUCGUCGAGGAUCUGGACGGUCAAGGAUCGAGCAAAGGGCUCGCGUCGCAAACCAUGAAUUGCAUCCUAAGUCUCAGCUUCAUUAGGUGUUUAGCCAUCUUCGUUUGGCCUCUUAUCGUCAGCAAUUUUCCGAGUCUCGGUAUCCUGGGACGUUCUCUGAACGCGAACGAGUUUCGACGAAACGAUCCGACGGCACGCUCUUCCCUCGAAACGGAAAAACAGAUGCAAGAAUUUUUCGCCAUGUCAACGACCGAGUUCGAAGAAGAAUUGUUGAAAAGGAAGGAGUCGAUCGAGAGAUUGUUCCUCGACUUGUACAGAACGUUGACCGAGAAGAAGUUCGAGACGAGUAUCGGUUACUUCAAGAUCAAGGGUUAUGGAAAGGACGGAGCCGGGCCGGCCUCGUCCUCCAGAGAGGGGAGAGGGGCCAAGCUGAAAGACAACAAGAACCUACCCAGCAUACUGACCAUCAUAAGCGACAUAAUGGAGGAGGUUUUGGAUCAACGUCCGGAAGGGGAAAGGGCGAAGAAGGAGAAAGAGAAGAAGGAGAGGAGCAUAGAAGGGUCGAGGGAAUCCGAUGUUCAAUCGUUGAAGGAUGGGCAGGGAUAUAUCGGUAUCAAGAGAUCGAUGAACGACGACGAGAUAAUUACCAUGUUUCUCGAUAAGAUCAAAUCGAACGACUCCGACGAGGUGGCGGUGGAGGAGGAGGGGGACGAAGGCACCGGGUAUCUCGCUUCCGAGGAUGCGUACAACGCUUUCGAAGUUCUUUUCGGCACGAAAUUACACGACAAACUCGCGAGGGAAGCGAGCUUGCUGCCCCUCGACUCCUCUCGAUCGUCCGAAUUCUCGGGAAGGGAGAGGAACGACUCGAUCGAACCGAUCAAACGAGUAGACAUCGUGUCUUUGGAAUCUCGGAAACGAGUCCCGAAUGGGGGAGACGAGUCGAAGAUUUCGCCGAUCAAGGAUCGAGUUGCGUACGAUUUUGAGAAAGAGCUGUCCGAGGGGCAGGAGGAGAGGCGAAGGAAGAAACGAGCUAAAGCUUAUUUCAAGUCGUUUUUCGAGAGAUACUCGUCGAGGGAUAGGCGACGUUUAAGGGACGUGGAAAGCGUGGAGGAUAACGCGAUCGAAGGCGAUGAAAACCAACGAGGUGAAAACGACGAAGGAUCGACUCUGAUCGUUCGAUUGCCGCGUCUACGGGACGAGGCCGCGUCGAGAAAAGGUACCGCCGCUUCGUUGAGCAAAGGUCUCAAGUCGAAAAUGUCGGAGAUGAUGCCAGGGUUCGGCCUCGUCUUAUCUUUCUUGCUCCAAUUGGCUCUGGCGCAUGCGCGUGCCACCGCCUCGGUGGCCGGAAUGAUCAGCAACAUGGCCCUGGGAACGGCCAUGUUCGGGAUGAUGCGAGACUCUCUUUUCGGAACGAGCAACAAUCCGAAAAUUAAAUACGUUUACGAUAACGACAAGACGGGGCCGGGCAUCUCCUGGCCUGCUCAAUACGAAUACGCCCCUCAUUACUACGGUUAG